AUGUUAAAAUACAGUGUAAAACAACAAACAGUUGCUGCCUUAAAGAAAUUGCAUAAAAUCAGAAAAUUUGUAGUGAAAAAAAAAAAAAGUCUGGUACAAUCUUUAUCAACAAGUGCAGAUGAGCUGUUGAAAAAUAUUUCAGAAGUUCUUGAAGAGGAAGUUGAUGCAGAGUUGGAGAAGAUAGCUGUUGUAGAGGAUCUUGAGCAGAACCUUCAAGUCAACAGAUACUUACACAAGGGUGGCAAUACAUUGCCAAAGCUUAAAUUAAAGGAAGAAAAACUUGCUUUCCUCAAAGACCUAGAUGCAGAUGAGUUCAAAGAAGAAAUCAGAAUGUUCAAAAGCUCAUUUAAUAAGCUAGGGCAGUGUCUUAAACUUCACAGUUUGUUUCUUCAAGUCAACUUGUCUUUGGAGGGAAUUAAGAUGCUUCCUUUUAAAGUAGGUAUACCUGUAAAAGCUAGUGAAUGGAGACGUUGUCUUGACCAAAGCAAUACUCUUUGUUCAACAAAAUGGAAUAAAAAAAUACAUCUUGAUUCAAAAGAAUAUAUUUUUGGAGAAACGUGUCAGUGGCAUCGUGCAGUCAUAUAUAUACCAGAGCGAGAUUCAUGCCCUGCACAAAAAGAAUCAAAGGCAUGUGAAUGUAAUGGAGCUUUGAAAAUAAAGCAGUUCAAAAAGUCUCCUACUAUUAUUACGCUCUGUAUGACAAGGGACCAUAACAAUCAUGUUCCUGAAGACAGAUCAGAGAUUAGAACUUUGCUCUUGCCUUUUGAAGCUAUUAAGUUGAUUGAAGAUCAACUGAGAAGUGGAAACAGCUGUAGAAGCACAAGAAUAUCUGUCCUUUGA